AUGGAACAGCAGCCGAAGCCUCAAUUGGAUGCAGGAGUGGUCUACCGCCUUCUGCCGCUCACCGUGAGCCACGACGAUGCUCAGCGCAAGCCCGCCGAACAGCAGCUGCUGGCCUACGAGUCCUCCAUUGUGGCAAACAAGACAGUGCCGCAGGAGCUGCGCUUCAUCGCCGUCAUCGCCCUCAAGAACGCCGUCUCCAAGAACUGGAAGAGCAAAGAGUCGAUACCUGAUGCCGAGAAGGACGUGAUCAGGGAGCAGGUUCUACGUCUCUUCAACGAGGAGAGCGGACAGGGCAGCGCCCUGGAGAAGCUGCGAGCGCUCCAGGCAUUCCAGAAGGUCGUCAGGGCGCUCGCCUCCAAGCGCCUGGCUCGCCACCGCCAAGAGUUUCAGCAGAUUGGACCGCAGCUGUUCGUGCUGUCCGCACAGCUGUGGUCCACCAACGUGGACGCUCUGUUGACGGCGCUCACCAACUACAACGCCAAGACCAUUUCGGCUCAGCAAUUGGAAGCGCUCAAGCCCUCGGCCGAGAUGGUGGUCCACUCGCUUAAGGUCAUCACCGAUGUCACGCUCCACGGCUUCAACAAACUGAAGGACCCCAACCUCCUCAACUUCCUCCACUUCCUUCUCGUGCGCCUUAAGAACUUUGCCGAGUGCCAUUCGGCGAUGCCAGACCAGCCCCUCGACGAGCUGGUGUGCAAGUGGAUGCAGCUCACGGUGAAGCUGAUCAUCCAGCUGCAGCAGGAGAAGCCCAACGCCUUCCGCAAGCACUUCCUCGCCGAGUACCUCGACUACUUCCACUCGGCUGUGAUCAACCACAUCGGGGUCCCCUCGGCUCCUCGUUUCCCUGAGCGCUUUGUGGUGAGCUGCAUGGUCUUCAUGAGGAACGUGCUCGUGCAGACGCAGUACAAGGUGGUCACCAAGAAGCAGGUGGCCAACGAGAACGUGAUCGAGGCCAACAAACUGCUCGCAUCGCUCUUCACCCCCGACGUGCUCCUCAACCUGUGCAAGGUGCUGAUCACCCGCUACUUCGUCCUCACGCCCGAGGAGCUGGAGGAGUGGAAGGACGACCCCGAGGAGUUCAUCCGCGAGACCGAAUCCGAGUCGGUGCAGGACAACCUCAAGCCAUGCGCGGAGAAUCUCUUCCUGGCGCUGCUCCAGCGAUACGGCGACGGGGAGUCGUUUGCGCUGUCGGGCGCCCUGGUGCAGCUCCUGACCCAGGCCAUCAAAGAGAGCGAGGGCAAGGAGGGGCUGGAUGGCCUGUUGAUGAAGGAAACGUGCUACCGGGCCAUCGGCCUCGGCGCCUUCGACUUCUACGAUCACGUUGACUUCUCCGCGUGGUUCACCAACCAGCUCGAGAAAGAGCUCCGAGCCGAGCUGCCUCCUCUCCCCAAGGCGAUUUUGAGGAGGCGCAUUGCGGCGCUGGUUGGUGAAUGGGUGAUGAAGGCACCGCAGGAGCUGCGACGACCCAUCUACACCGCCCUCCUUCCACUUCUCCACGAGAGCAACGAUAUCGUCGUCCGUCUCACGGCUGCCAACACCCUGCGUCUAUUGGUGGAGGAUCUGAACUUCUACGCGGAGGUGUUCAUGGAGUUCCUGGACGGAACGAUCAACCUCCUCUUCAAGCUGCUCGUCGACCUGAAGUCCAUCGACUCCAAGCUCCAGGUCCUCAACGUCAUCUCCUCGCUCAUCACCCAAAUGGAAGAGCGGAUCGAGGGCUACCGAGACCUCAUCCUCCAGUGCUUGUCGGAGUUGUGGAAGCUCUCCAAGGACCACCACCUCCUGCAAAGCUCCAUCGUGCGCACGCUCGCCAGCCUGGUGAAGAGUGUUCGCGGAGGCGGCGAUGCGUUCUAUCGGUUCGUGGUGCCGCUCAUCCAGUACGGCACGGACGUGAACUCGCCUCAGGCGCUGUAUCUGCUGGAGGACUCGCUCGAGCUGUGGGCCGAGGUCCUCAAGCAGGCCGCGGCCAUCACCGACGGCCUGCUCCAGAUCUUCCCCAAUCUCCACACUACCCUCAUGUCCAACUUCGACCACAUCAAGAUCUGCACGCGGAUCUUGGACAGAUACAUUUUGGUGGGCGGCUCGCGCUUCCUGUCGAUGUACAUUCAGCAGGUGGCGGCCCUGUUCGAGGCCACCAUCGGCAACCUCAAGGACGAGGGCACCAUCCUCGCGCUCAAGCCGCUCGACACCCUUAUCCAGCUCUACGCCGCUCAGGCUCUCCCGCUGCUGCAGAACACGUUGCAGCGCAUCUUCUCGCUGGUGGUGGCCCUGCAGAAGGAGAACGAGUGGAGCCGGGCCACGGUGUACUACCUGUCCAUUUUCGCGCGGGUGCUGGUCCACAAUCGGCCCUUCUUCUUCGCCUUCUUCCAGCAGCUCUCCGCCCAGGCUGGCCAGAACCUCUUGGCUCCCCUCGUGGACUUCUGGGCCGAGAAGGCGGACAGUAUGAGCGAAGCCCACAUGCGAAAGCUGACGGGCCUGGCCCUGUGCCUGCUGCUCCCGACCAACGAUCCUCAGCUGCUGCAGCGCACGCCUCUCAUUCUAGGCGUGGUCACCUCCGUGCUCGCCGACACGCACCAAAACCCAUUCGAGAACCUGGUCGUGACCACCGAUGACGAGACCGCGGCCACCGAACUCAUUCGACAAACGCAAGCGAUGUACCGCAAGGACCCCGCCAACAGCACGAACCUGCGCACCUUCUGCCUCGAACGCCUGCAGGAGGCCGCUGAGCUCAACGGGCAGCAGAACUACCAGGCGCACGUCCUCUCCACCGUCGACCCGGUCAUCCUGGCCAGCCUCCAGGCCCCGCCCGCCGCUCAGCAGGGCCAGUAG